AUGGCUUUAUUUACUAGUACUCCCAAGUCUAAGCGGGGAGAAAAGGUUUUGUUACUGAAUCUUGACAAUAGUGACGAUGAUGUUUCAUCUGGCUACGAUUCUCCUGUAUAUAUCUCAGACGAAAACAAAGACGAUAAGAAAACAGUUACAGAUAAAAUGGUUGCCUCCGAUUCAUCAGACGAUUCAGAUUUCUCAUCCGAUGAAGCAGACGAUGAUUCCUCAGACGACGACAGCGACGAUUUAGAUGAUAUAGAUGACAUACAGUCAACCAAUGAUUCGAUGAAAGUAACAAAGAUACAGGCUGUGGUUGAUAAUAUUCGCUAUAUUCUGUCUAUGCCAGACUUAUGUGACGUCAUGUUCCUUGUUGGAGAACAGAGAAUACCAGUGUAUGGAUUAAAGUCGAUUCUUGGGAUAAGGAGCAAAAAUUUCCUCGAUAUGUUCAUAAAGCAGUCGAGAGAAGACAUGAAUAGCAAGAAAAAAUUGAAGAAAUCCAAAGAUGAGAAGCAAACCAGUAGUAGCACCAAGACCACCAUAAUAGUUGGAAGUUACGACAUCGAAGUGUUCCGUUCAUUUUUAUUGUUUUUGCAUUGUGGAUCCGUUACCAUGGAUGCAUCAACUGUUGUUGGUCUUCUUUGUUGUGCUGUUGAAUUUGACAUUGCAGAUUUGAAGAAGGCAUGCUUGGAAUUUGUAGAUACCUGUUUGUCGUCUGUUAGUACCGACAUUGUUAUAAAAGAAACAUUCCGUUACGAUGAUCAUAGUGCUGCACAGAAAUUAAGACAAGUUGUUCUGAGCCGGCAAACCAGCAUGACAUUGAAAACCAGGAAUGUUACGAAGCAGCGCCAAUCUCCAAUUGGACAAGAAACUGAAGUGUAG